UUUGUUUACAGGUACAUGCCAUUUUUUGAAGACUGUAUUGGUGCUUUGGACGGAACUCACUUACCUGUUCGUCCUCCGUCUGAUAAUCCGGAACCGUAUAGAGGCAGGAAAGGAGAACCGACAAUCAAUGUUCUCGCAAUAUGCAAUAUGAAAAUGCGAUUCAUCUACGCAUACGUGGGAGUUCCUGGUAGAGCUCAUGACACGAAAGUUCUUACACAUUGUGCGACACAUGAACCAUUCUUCCCUCAUCCACCAGAUGGUAAGUACUAUCUAGUUGAUUCCGGUUAUCCAACUAGAACCGGUUAUCUAGGUCCGCAUCGUAGAACUAGGUAUCAUCUUGACCAGUUUGCUAGGGGAGGACCACCAACAAACUCUAGAGAACUGUUUAACCGGAGGCAUGCUAGUUUACGUUCUGUGAUUGAAAGAACAUUUGGUGUUUGGAAAGCGAAGUGGAGGAUUUUAGAUAGAAAACAUCCGAAGUAUGAUGUUAUAAAGUGGGUGAAGAUUGUGACAGCAACUAUGGCACUUCACAAUUUUAUUCGAGAUUCAUCUGAUGAAGACCGUGAUUUCACUUAUUGGGAAACAGUAAAUGAGUAUGAACAUCAUGGUGACCAAGCAGUAGAAGAGCUUGAGCAUACUCCAUACCUUCCAUCUGGUGAUAGAGCAAUGGAGAUUCGACGUGAUGCAAUCACUGAAAGGAUAGCAAGAGGAAGUCGACUUCCAUAUUAGCUUCACAUAUGAUCAUCAAGCAGUCACUUCCUCCAGGUUUGAGUGUUCAAGACAUUUGAAGAUCAUCUUCUUGAAGUUAAGAGAUUAUGUUUACUAUUGUUCAGACUUGAGUUUUUAUGUCAAGAGUUUAUAUUUCAGAUUUGAGUGUUUCAGUUUUUGAAUGUUUUGAGUCAAGACUUUGAGUUUUUAUUUUGUUAUUUUAAGACUUUGAAUUUUGAGUUU